CUGCGGGAGGAUGGCGAGAAGGCGGCCAGGGAGGUGAAGCUGCUGCUCUUAGGAGCUGGUGAAUCAGGGAAAAGCACAAUUGUCAAACAAAUGAAGAUUAUCCAUGAAGCUGGUUAUUCAGAAGAAGAAUGUAAACAGUACAAAGCUGUUGUCUACAGUAACACCAUUCAGUCCAUUAUUGCUAUCAUUAGAGCAAUGGGGAGGUUGAAGAUAGACUUUGGUGAUCCAACCAGGGCUGAUGAUGCUCGUCAACUCUUUGUGUUAGCUGGAGCUGCAGAAGAAGGAUUUAUGACUGCAGAGCUUGCUGGAGUUAUCAAGAGACUGUGGAAAGACAGUGGAGUUCAAGCUUGUUUCAACAGAUCUAGAGAAUACCAGCUUAAUGACUCUGCUGCCUAUUACUUGAAUGACUUGGACAGGAUAGCACAAACCAGCUACAUUCCAACCCAACAGGACGUUCUCAGGACUAGAGUGAAAACUACAGGAAUAGUGGAAACUCACUUUACUUUCAAAGAUCUUCAUUUUAAGAUGUUUGAUGUUGGAGGCCAAAGAUCAGAGCGCAAGAAGUGGAUUCAUUGUUUUGAGGGUGUUACAGCAAUUAUUUUUUGUGUGGCGUUAAGUGAUUAUGACUUGGUCUUGGCUGAAGAUGAGGAAAUGAAUCGAAUGCAUGAAAGCAUGAAAUUGUUUGACAGUAUCUGCAACAAUAAAUGGUUCACAGACACUUCUAUUAUUCUCUUCUUGAACAAGAAAGAUCUUUUUGAAGAAAAAAUCAAAAGGAGUCCUCUCACUAUUUGCUACCCUGAAUAUGCAGGAUCGAACACUUAUGAAGAAGCAGCUGCUUACAUUCAGUGUCAGUUUGAAGAUCUGAACAAGAGAAAAGACACAAAGGAAAUCUACACUCACUUCACAUGUGCCACAGACACAAAAAAUGUACAAUUCGUUUUCGAUGCUGUAACUGAUGUCAUAAUUAAAAAUAACCUUAAAGACUGUGGCCUCUUCUGAGAACAGACAAAAGGUUACUAAAUGGUAAAUUACAUGCCUGAAAACAGGACUUAGGCAUUUGGAAUAUGCCCAUGCUGUGUAAAACCUGCAUAGAUAUACUUAAUUCUCUUUUAUUUUAUUUCUAGAUUUGGAGAACGACUUCGCACAAUUAUAAUCCGAUUCUUUUCAAGGUGAAAGAAAUACAAAAUAUGUUGUGCUGAAUGAUAGAUCAGUACUGUACUUGCCUGUUUUAACAGCUUUAUUUAUGUUUGUCUUGUAAAUUUAAGUAAUUCGUUAACCCUGAGAUGUCAGUUGAUUGUAUGUAAACUUAUAAUUGUAGUAAUGUAUUUGUAUAAACGUUGAACGGAAUAUUUUAGUAACUUGAUGUCCUCUAAAAUUUCCAUGUUUUAUGAAGAUACUCUUAGAGGAGACAGACACUUUUUGCCUUUAGAUUAUUUAAACAUCUUGUAAAAUUAAAUUUUCUUUUCAUUUUAAGGGUGCAUGCUGCCUUAUUCUUUACUUUUAUUGGUAAUACUGUAUAUGGUGUUAGCUUUUUUGAUAUUUAAACAGCCUUGUACACCUCUUCAGACUUAAAGAAACAUAACCAAUAAAACUUGGUUUUUGCCUUAAGUUU